AUGGCGGCUGCGGCGUGUGGCGUGGGUUUGGCUCUGAUGUCCUGCCAGGCCCAGCGAGUCGUGUUUCUGUGGAUUGUGGUGUUGAUAACAGCGAUCGGGGCGGACUCCUCCGUUUCAGGUCCUCACCAAUCUACACCUGCGGAGACGCAUAGCCAGACCAACCAACCUGUGGAGGAGCGCGCCACUACAUUCCUACAGAACUCCAGACCACAGAGAGUCACGCAGCGCGAGGGUUCUGUGACGGUACCGCCACCGGAGCGCAGCCCACCUUUGGCUUCUCCACUGCCUCUGAGCAACGCAACAACAUUCCGCCACCGAGUCAGGAUACUUCGACAACAAGGCCGCGUGCUCCUGUCCCCAUGA